GUGAGAGCACUGGUCAUUCUUCGAUUGUCUACAGUCCAGAGAACAACUUAAGAGCCAUCAGAAAUGAAGACCUUAGCCAUCCUUGUCCUUUGUGCUCUUGCUUAUGUCUGCAUUUCUGCAAGUACUGGGGCUUCUGACUCAACUGUCAGUAAGUCUGACUCUCCCAGUGAUGAAGGCGUGUUCGUGAACAGGGACCACGCUGCUACUCUCAUGCGGCAGAAGCGCGCUGGCACCACUGACCCUGCCAGCCUGUCAUUGACUCAGCUGGAGAGCCUGAGAGAGGUGUGCGAGGCCAACCUGGCUUGUGAGGAUAUGAUGGACACAUCUGGAAUUAUUGCCGCCUACACUGCUUAUUAUGGACCAAUCCCCUAUUAAAUCAUCAUCACCAUGACCAGUCACCUUCCAGCCAACCUGUCCUGCCAAUGCAAAGAUGUUAAUGCAGAUGGAAUGCAUAGUUUAGAGAACAUUACCACAUUGCAGCCUUAAAGACCAUUCCGAGGAGUAAUUAAAGACUUCCAAAACAUAUCUGCAAGUCUGCAAGGGGGUGUAAAUUGUGUAGCUAAAGUGUUACAUUAUAAAUCUUUAAUGUAUUUGACUGUUAAAUUAAAGUGACAUUAUGAAAAUUGAAAGUUGAAAUCAGGUAUUAAGAUUAUUUAGCAAGUAGUAAUCAAGAGGGUGAGUAGUCAUUAGUUUAGCAUAAAUAAAAAUACAAAAUACUGAAAAUG